GAGUUUAUGCUUUGUCUUUGUUCUCGGUACAAGACUUUAUAGAUCAUGUCAAACUAGUGAAGAGUUUUCUAUAAACACACAAAAACUAAACAGAAAAGUUGAGGUGUAUAGCUGAAGGAGUGCGACCAAACACACACCCACACAUAUAUAUAUUAUAAUCUGCCCGUAGUUGUCAUUCAUUAUGGUAUAUGUAAUCCUGAAGCGGUGACUAAAAGAGCACAUUUUUCAUCUCUAAGGUGCUGUUGAUGCUGGGCGGGACUCAUAAGGUGACACUCCUUUUGCUUUGACAUAACUCCCGAGAGCAAAGUGAAAAUACCUGCGGAGACGAACGAAGACACAUCAUCAUCACCUAAGCUGUUGGAUCCCGUCAGCUUUGAGCUGACACAGCGACUAAAUAACAAUGAGCUUCAAACGACAUCUUGUUAACCAUCUUCUGACAUUUUCACUCCAGGAUGGGGAUGUACAGAGUGUGGAGGAGGCGCAGACUCGUCUCUCUUUUUUGGCUGAGAGUAACAAACUUUGGAGUCAAAAAAUGUUUUUAGAUAUUGAUGGAGAGGGUGUUCAUCUUCGAGACAUAACAACCCAGGAGGAGGUGGAGAGUUAUGCUCUCAAAAACAUCUACCGCUGUGACUCCAUUACCAGUGAGAAACGCUUCCCCUCGAUGCUUUUAUUGGUGUGCCAAGUAACCGAACAGACUAAGCCUGACAUCCUUUUCUUCAGCUGUGAAACUGUGAGGGCAGAGCAAAUCUGUGAGGACAUCACGCAUGGAGUUUCAUCCUCUUCCACUAGAGGCAAGAGCCCUCCUUACCCUUUGAGGGCUUCUCCAAGAGACGGAGAGAUGUUGGAACCCCGUGAAAUACCGAGCCACCCUAUCGCCCAUGCUCCAAAUCCCCCACCAGUCAACCCCCCACCAUAUCCUGGACUCAGAGCAGCAAAUGGUGUAAACGGCGGCCCUGAUAUUUCUUUCCUGCGAGCGGAGAGAGAAGUGGGCAUCCUCAAUCACUGUUUUGAUGACAUCGAGAGUUUCAUGGGCAAGUUGCAGCAGACUGCGGAUGCUGCGCUGGUGCUAUCACAGAGGAAAACCAAGAAGAAAAAGAAAAGUAAAAAGCAAAGCGCUGAAGAUGAAAUGCUUGCUGCAAAGGCCCAACCCCCACAGGCGGAGGAAUUUGUCGAAAUCUUUCAGAAAUUCAAAUAUUGCUUCAGCCUCCUGGCCCGUCUAAAAUCAACCAUCGUCAGUCCUUCAUCAGAGGAGCUUGUGCAUCAUGUGUUCAAACCUCUAGAUAUGAUGGUGAAAACAACAGGGGGACCAGCCAUGGGAGCUGCAGUGUCCAGCCCUGCCAUGACUAACUCCGCCAUUUCCCUGCUGCAAGAAACCCUGAACGAAGAGGAGAAGCAACUGUGGACGUCUUUGGGCCCCAACUGGACACACCCCCGAUCUAAGCUCCGAGGACCUGUUGCUCCAUACACUCCUGUGUUCUUGGAUGGGUGGAAGCCCGAAGCUGCGAGGGCGGACGGGCAGGUUUGGGAGGAUCCGGUUGAGUCACAACACAAGCAUGAGGCUCUCCUCGUAAAACAAGAGCAACAGCCGCCUCAGUCCAAGCGUCUUUCAGACAGAAACAACUAUGAAGACAUGGUUGCACUUCCUCCAGAUGCAGAGAGACUCUACAGCUGCAGUUAUGACUUCAUAGCCAGGAAUAAUAGUGAGCUUUCAGUGCAACAAGGAGAAACUCUUGAGGUGAUCGAAUCCUCCAAACGCUGGUGGAAGUGUCGCAAUCGAUUCAACCAGAUCGGCUUUGUGCCCUUUAACAUCCUAGAACCAGUGACUCACAUAGAACACCCCACCAACGGACCACCCCCUGCUCCAACUCCCCCUCCUGCAAAUGCUCCACCCAAAACUCUCCUUGGAGUCCAACCCAGCCCUCCUGCCCUGCCCAGGACGGCCUCCUCCUCCCCUCAGCGCCCUCACACCUUACCUUCCUACAACCAAGCAGUGCAAGUAGCAGAUGAAACAGACAAAGUUAUGUUGGUGAACGAUGAGCUGCUGCAGAGGCUGACCAACGGGAAAGCCAACCUGAACAAACCUCUGGUCAUCCCUCGUUCCUCGGAGACCAGCGUUCCUCUGGAUUAUCACUCCCCUCCAGAGGAAGUGACCGAGUGGCUAAGAGGGAAGGGCUUCAGUGAGCCAACGGUGAAAUGUCUGGGUGUGCUGACAGGAGCUCAGCUGUUCUCCCUCACCAAAGACGAGCUGCGAGAGGUGAUUCCAGAGGAGGGCACCAGAGUCUACAGCCAGCUCACUGUGCAAAAAGCGCUGCUAGAGGAUGCAAGAAGGGCAACAGAGUUGGAAGCAGUAAUGGAGAAACAGAAAAUGAAGGUGGAUUUGAAGCUGGAGAGCAGCACUUUGUGAGCUGCAGAAGAUCCACACCGCGGAGUCGGAUCAACCGCUGCUCUGACGCCGGCCGCCACCGCGCAUUGGACUGUAAAUGUAUUCACUGUAUUUAUCACAGCUCAAGUGCCUGACAGACUUAGCUGACUUUGUGCUAAAAAAAAAGCAUCAUGAUCACUUUAAAGUCAAGGAAGUUGUCAAUGAAUGUAAUGUCUUCAAUGUAAACCUGCUACAUUCAUUAAAUAUUUGAACACUUUA